CCAAUGCACGGGUUCCUCAGCCGCUGGCUCAGCGGGGCAGUGUCCGGCCCCGCCACCGGUUCUAGCGUUUGGGCAGGAAUAGAAGAUGAACAAACCCAUAACGCCAUCAACAUAUGUGCGCUGCCUCAAUGUUGGACUAAUUAGGAAGCUGUCAGAUUUUAUUGAUCCUCAAGAAGGAUGGAAGAAGUUAGCAGUAGCUAUUAAAAAACCAUCUGGUGAUGAUAGAUAUAAUCAGUUUCACAUAAGGAGAUUUGAAGCAUUACUUCAAACUGGAAAAAGUCCCACUGGUGAAUUACUGUUUGACUGGGGCACCACAAAUUGCACUGUUGGCGAUCUUGUGGACCUUUUGAUCCAAAAUGAGUUUUUUGCCCCUGCGAGUCUUUUGCUACCAGAUGCUGUUCCCAAAACUGUUAAUACACUACCUUGUACAGAAGCUGUAACAGUUGAGGAGAAUCAGAGGCCUCUCUAUGACAUAGACAAAACAUCUGUGAUACCUGAGUGGAAUCCUGAACAAACGUUUAGCCCACCCGACUCUUCAAGUCCAGGAAGUUUAGAAGUUAGCGAUACACGUUUUCACAGUUUUUCAUUUUAUGAACUGAAAGAUGUCACCAAUAACUUUGAUGAACGACCCAUUUCUGUUGGUGGUAACAAAAUGGGAGAGGGUGGAUUUGGAGUUGUUUAUAAAGGCUAUGUGAACAACAGAACUGUGGCAGUGAAGAGACUUACAACAAUGGUUGACAUUAGUACUGAAGAACUGAGGCAACAGUUUGAUCAAGAAAUAAAAGUAAUGGCAAAGUGCCAACAUGAAAAUUUAGUAGAACUGCUUGGUUUCUCAAGUGAUGGAGAUGACCUCUGCUUAGUAUAUGUUUACAUGCCUAAUGGUUCAUUGCUAGACAGACUGUCUUGUUUGGAUGAUACUCCACCACUUUCUUGGCACAUGAGAUGCAGGAUUGCUCAGGGAGCAGCUGAUGGUAUCAGUUUUUUACAUGAAAACCAUCAAAUUCAUAGAGAUAUUAAAAGUGCAAAUAUCUUACUAGAUGAAGACUUUACAGCCAAAAUAUCUGACUUUGGGCUUGCACGGGCUUCUGAGAAGUUUUCGCAGACAGUCAUGACUAGCAGAAUUGUGGGAACAACAGCUUAUAUGGCACCUGAAGCUUUGCGAGGAGAAAUAACACCCAAAUCUGACAUCUACAGCUUUGGUGUUGUUUUAUUAGAAAUAAUAACUGGACUUCCAGCUGUGGAUGAACAUCGGGAACCUCAAUUAUUGCUAGAUAUUAAAGAAGAAAUUGAAGAUGAAGAAAAGACAAUUGAAGAUUAUAUUGAUAGGAAGAUGAAUGACAUUGAUUUCACUUCCAUUGAAACUAUGUAUUCUGUUGCCAGUCAAUGUCUGCAUGAAAAGAAAAACAAGAGACCAGACAUUAAGAAGGUCCAACAGCUGCUACAAGAAAUGACGACUUCUUGAAACUUUAGUAGAAUAGACACUUGGCUUUUUAUACACAGCUACCAAAACAAUUUUUUAGACUAAAUUUUUUGGUAAGCAUUCCUUUUUACCUCUAAGAAGGCAGCAUGGUGCAAUACAGUGGUUAUUAAAGCUUAUGUAGCACCCCAAACUUAGGGAACAAACAAAAGUAGAGCUGCCAUGUCAAUGCUUAGCCCUACUUUCUUAGUGUCACCCUUAGCUCUUGCAGUAAUCCCUGAGACAUCUUCUUGGAAACCUCAUCAGACACAUUUUGAAAGUUUGUAGAUUAGCAAAACAGAGAACUGGACUGUAGAAUGAAAGACCCUGGGCUGAAGCUCAACUCCACUACUAGUUUUCUGUAAAGCUGUGGGCAAUCUCUUAGCUGCUUUGAGCCUUGGUUUUUUUACCUGUAACAUUAGAUUAAUAAUUCCUACUGUGCCUCUCUGGCAUAGUCAUGAAUAUCAAGAGAUGCAGAAUGUUUACAAGUACUUUGUACCUUAUAAAGUGAUAUAAGAUUUAAGGUUUAUAUAGAUGAUUAUAAAAUUUUAUUACAGUCAUUUGUUUAUAGGGUCAUGUGCCUGCCAUGAUUUGUCCAUAAUUAGAUUAAUGUUGUGUGGCAAAGUUGAUAGAAUUUUGCAGAUGGAGUUAAGGUUCCUAAUCAGCUGACUCUGAGUUAUCAACAGGGAGACUGUGCUGGGUGGGCUUGAUUUAAUAAGGUGGGCUCUUACAAGAUGUCUGAGAGAUCCUUCUGUGGGCCUUAAUAAAGAAGGAAGCUACCAUGUUGUAAAAAGACCACAUUGGCUAAGACCUAAGGGCAGCCUCCAGGAGAUGAGUUACUUUCUGGCUGUCAGCGAGCAAGACAAACUGGGUCCUCAGAUAUAUAACCACAAGAAACUGAAUUCUUCCAACAGCUUAAAUUAGUUUAGGAGAGUACUCCAGACUUCAGAUGAUACCAUAGCUCCGGCUGACACCUAAAUUUUGGCCUUGUGAGAAUCUCAGUAGUGAAUCUAGCUGAGCUCUGCCUGGACUUCUGAUACACAGGACUGUGACAUAA